AACAUUCCUUGCAUUAACGGAAAAUGAAAAAGAUCGUGGUUUGAUCAUUCAACAAGGUGGCGCUAAGGCUUGUAUACUGCUAGCUAACAAUGGCAAUGAAGAAGGCAAAACACAAGCAGCACAGGCACUAGCUAAAAUAGCUAUCACCAACAAUCCAGAAAUUGCCUUCCCAGGUCAGAGAUGUCUUGAAGUAGUACGGCCAUUGAUACAAUUACUUCAUGUUGAGAAGACUGGUUUACAGAAUUUUGAAUCAUUGAUGGCACUUACUAACUUGGCACAAGUCAGUGAUUCUGUCAGAAAUAGAAUUGUAAAGGAGAAGGGCAUACCUGCAAUUGAAAAUUAUCUUUUUGAAGAUCAUGAUAUGAUUCGCAGAGCUGCCGCUGAAUGUAUGUGCAACUUAAUUGUAAAUGAAGAGGUUUUUGAAAGUCAUUUACGAGAGAACGAUAAAGUGAAACUUCUGACUGUGUUGUGUGGUAUGGAAGAUCCAGAUCUGGUGCAGGCAUGUGCCGGGACAUUAGCGAUUUUAUCUCACAAUGAAAUAGCUUGUAAAAAAAUUACUGCUGUAAGUACAUAUUUUGAUUCUUUUUUGCAUCAUAUUAGAGGUGUUAUAUUUAAUCUUUACUGUAUUUGCUCUAUUGAAAGCACAUCUCAAAUAAGAGCCCACAUAAACUUGAAAAUGCAUUUAUUGUAUGCUGGAUAUUGUUUUGCCAUUUACACUUGCAAUACUAAUGGAACAAAUACGGCAUGUGAUAUCUGUGAUAUAAUCUGCAGUCAGUGUUUUGAUCACCAUCUAUGUGUACCAUGA